AUGGGAGAAGAAGCAAAAAGGUAUGCAGUGGUGACAGGAGCUAACAAGGGGAUUGGUUAUGGAAUAUGCAAGAAACUGGCUUCAAAUGGAAUUGUGGUGGUGCUAACUGCUAGAAAUGAGAAAAGGGGUUUGGAAGCAGUGCAAAGAUUGAAAGAGUUUGGUCUCUCAGACCUUCUGGUUUUUCAUCAACUUGAUGUUACUGACCCUCCUAGUGUUGCUGCUUUGGCACAAUUCAUCAAAACCAGAUUUGGAAGACUUGACAUCUUGGUGAACAAUGCAGGUGUUCCUGGAGGACUAGUAAAUGGAGAGAAUGUUCUUAGGAAGAAAAGGGGCGAAAUAUCAGAUUGGAAUAUAAUAGUACCUCAAAAUUAUGAGUUGGCGGAAGAAUGUGUUGAAAUUAACUUUUUUGGUGCAGAAAGAGUUACAGAAGCUUUUCUUCCCCUCCUUCAAUUAUCCCUUUCUCCUAGGAUUGUCAAUGUCUCCUCUAGAAGAGGAGUAUUGAAGAAUAUACCAAAUGAUUGGGCGAGAGGGGUGUUGAGUGACAUUGAAAACCUUACAAACAAAAAGCUUGAUGAGGUGUUGAGGGAGUUUCUGAAAGAUUACAAGGCAGGAUCAUUGGAAUCCAAGAACUGGCCACCUGUUCUUUCUGGCUACACCAUGUCAAAAACAGCCUUAAAUGCUUAUACAAGAAUGCUGGCUAAGAAGUUUCCUCGUUUUCGCAUAAACUGUUUGUGCCCUGACUUUGUGAAGACUGAUCUGAACCAGAAUGUAGGGUUUUUAACCAUUGAUGAAGGUGCUGAAUGCCCUGUCAGACUAGCUUUGUUGCCAGAUGAUGGUCCUUCUGGUCUCUUCUUCUUAAGGGAUGAAGUACUUUCCUUCUUCUGA